GGCAGUAAAUAUUCGACGGACCUGCUUCCUGUUUUGAAACUGGUUGCUUGUUACUCAUGAAGAUGGUGAUGAUGUCAGUACGUGCUGUAUAGAUCUUCGUGCAGAAGACAUGAUGGCUGUGAGCUCAAACUGCAGUACGGUGUUGAUGUCGGUGCGGGUGUCGGUUCGGCCGCUCUGUGUGGGCUCGGAUUCCCUGCGGCUGCAGCUCAGUAUGAACGCGAACCGCGCGGGACUCUUCACACUCACCCUCAGGCACACCGACCGCGGAGGACGCAGCGUGUCUCUAGCAGAGUUUGAUCUGCGCUCAGUGAAGUAUGAGAUCACGUCGACUCGAUGUCACGAACUGCGUCUCACCAAGCCGCCCCAUGACUGUCUCACGUUUACCUUCCGCAGCGAGCAGGAGGCCCAGGAAUGGGCAACUGUCAUGAUGUCAUCACUGAGAGAAUCACACAGAGUUGCCAACAUUUCACAUUCCUCACAUGAUGGACUGCAGCAUUUGAAGUGUGGAGAGAAAAACUCUGUCUUGUCGCUGUCAAUGAAAGAGGAGCUGUGUAUAGAGCUUUCUCGAGCAAUAGAGACUGGAGAUACUCAUGCAGCUGUGCACUACGCCGCAGAUCUGGCCCGACAGCAGAUCGCACUGACUAUUCAACCAACGCUGCGGGACACUGAGGACAGGGAGAUAAGCUUAGCUGUGGUAGUAGAAGAUGCAUCAUCUUCCUGUUGUGUCACAGUAAAAAUCCACCCUCAUGUGACUGUCGCUUCUCUGAAGCAGCAGAUGUUUGUUGAGUAUGGUUUUCACCCCAGGGUGCAACGCUGGGUGAUCGCUCAGAGUCUGUGCUCCGAUGGUCGUUCUUUAGCAUCGUACGGCAUCUAUAGGGACGGUGACACAGCAUUUCUCUACCUCUUGUCUGCCCGUCACGCUUGCCUUGAUCACCAGCAGGACCAGGAGAACAGCCUCCCAAUGCUGACUGCAGCUCCACCACCACCAAACACCUCGCUCGCCCACACGCCGACCAGCAGUAGCCCCAGCAGCCACGACUGGAGAGGCUACAGCACGUUACCGCCCCGAUUUAGCCACAGUAGCACGGGCAGUAGUGGGUGUGGCAUAGAUAAACCUAGUGUCAGUGACAUCAUAAACCUUGAGAUGUUGCAACUUGGAGGGUCCAAACUGAAAUCAAGUAACACACAGCCAGGCUGGUCCUGCCCCUCCUGUACAUUCAUAAAUAAGUCAACGAGACCAGGCUGUGAAAUCUGCAGCACAGAUCGACCAAACCCUCCAAAUCCCAGUAGCGUUCAACAGGAAAAAGCAAGAAGAUCUAACCAGUGAAACGGUGUUGUAAAUACACACAGAUACAGAGACAAAAACCCUAAAAUAUUCUCCCAUUCAUUCACGUUCAAACGACGUGGGGAAGUACAACCAGACUCUAGCUCUCGCCCUCCAUCCCGAGGUUUGACAUGCUAGUCCUCCGCUUGUAGUUUCAAUAAGAGUUGGCUUGCAACAAAGUCACACUCCCGUAGUGGCUAUGCAGCAUAUUCCACCAGUGGGGAAUAUCAGUUGGUUUUCCCAAUUGAUUUGUUGUUUGAUUUCUCUUAAUUUAAUACUGUUGUACAGUAUUAAUGGAUAGGCACCAGAAGUUAUUUUGGUUCAUUUUAUCAGAUAACAAAAACAAAAUGGAAGCCUUGUCAUCUGUGGCACUUGAUGGUACAAACUCAAUCUAUUUAGGACAAUAACACACAAGUUCCUGUUUCAAAUGGAACAUGAGAAUCUUUUAGCUUUGGUUGUAGAUUCAGAUAUGUAAUCUGAAGUAAAAAAAAAAACAACCCUGUCAAAACUUCAGUGUAAAAUUCAAUACUGAUUAAACAUACAGCAAGGAGAUUAUGCACAUGUCAGAAUUUGUAUCUUACCCAUUUGCAGAUGUGACUCUGCUUCUUUUGCUCUUUAUUCACAAACUCAUUUGCUGUGUAUUGUAAUUUCUGCUUGUGAAACAGUUUAGGAACCUUCUUCACUCACUACAUGGUGUGCAAGUCAGUGUUCAUGUCUGUUCCACAGGUGUACUGGAACAGGACAAAUAUCAGUUUAUUAUAUAUGUUCACCAAGCUCUAUUUUAGGGGCUUAAGUUUUAAAUGUGACUUUGUCAUUAUGUGACGAGACCAGUACAUAGUGAGAAAACAACCGUUGUAUCAGCUGAAUGAAACUUUCAUAAAUGCAUGUACAUUUCAUGGACUAAGUAUUCCUUAUUUAACUGACUGGGAAUUCUCAUGAAAGACUUUGUUCAUGUUUGGAACAAACAAUUUAUUUUAUUUUUAUAUAUAGAAUAUUAUUUAAUGAACAUUCUAUUGUUUUGAAUUGGGUUGAUUUUUGUUGUAAUUGCACUGAUUAUGUGUGUAUUGUAAAUGAUUGUUAUAAUUUUUUUUUUGGUAAGAAUGUAUGUGCAUUUCACCAUGGCUUUGCUGUGAAUAAACAUAAUGGAUUGAGAAGCUUAAGACUAAA